CGCAGGCAAACCGACACUCAGAUCAUAUCGAUCCAUUCAAACGUGUGAAUGUUGGGUUCACGUGCCCUACCAAUAUCUGAUCUACAUAGUCUACAUAUGCGGUUCCAUCUACUCCCCUCACCCGAUGCAAUCAUAUGGUGCUGAGCAUGGCCAAUUGAAGCACGUAGCUUACCCCACUGACGUGGACUUAGAAACCCUGAACGAUGUUUCACGUAUAAAAGAUUAUGUGGUCCCAGCGUCACCUCAUCUUAACCAACCUCAAAAAAGACAUCGGUCCCACAGUGGUCGAAGACGAAGUAGCCACCAUAGAACUACUGAACGUGUUGUUCCACAGAAUACUGUAGAUGACCAUGCACCACGGUCAGGCAGAACUCGUGAAGGCAGUAGAGAUAGGUCGAAACACAACGCUGCUGGGAGACGGAGACAAAGAACCGCCACGGGUGAACCCGGACGAAAAAAGGGGAGAAGGAAAAGUACGAUGAGUGCUCGGCGUGAGAAAGAACUAGUAGACCAAUAUCUGCAUAGCCAAGCGACCAAUGACAAUAGCUCACUCAGAGAAUAUAACAAGCCUGGAACACAAAAAAAGAACGAAAAAUCGGAGUACAAUACUUAUGUGGAUGUGACACCGUCAAAAAGCUCACAAGAAAAUGUGGGGCUCACUGAGAAUUCACAGAAGACGUUUAGUGUCAAAGAGCUGGCGGACUAUAUCAUUCCUGAAAAGGUCCCACUUAGAGAGGGUACCUACAAUCUCAUUCGGUUUCCACUUCGUGUAAUGGCAAUAAUGGUGGAGUUACAAUUGUUCUGGUGGUUUAUACAAUUUUUCAUAUUCAUCUGGAUAACAACUCUGGUGGAUUGGAAAUUACGUGUCCGGUCUCCGAUUUCCGAAUUUCCCAACUACAGUGCACCACGAAUGCCCAUUCUACCUGGUCAGGAACAAAUGCGCAACCGACUUCUCGGCGUGUGGUUAACCCUGGGUUUUGUGUAUCUUCCGUCCACUAUAAUUCAUUUGUCCAAAUUUUUCGACGAUACUCCACAUAAGCAAAAAAGACGGCGUUUGAGCAGAAUUCCUUCCCCGAUAGCCUGGUACGAGAAGGACCGUUACAAACAACUGGUUGAGAUAAAGCAGCGACAGCCUCGAGCUAUGUGGAUGUUAAUACUGACGUGUGGGCUUCUGCUGUAUUACAUCUACGUGUUUUUCAGUGACACCUUUUACCCGACUCAGGAGACCUAUUGGGAGAACACUAUCAAUAAAUGGUUGUAUGAACUGCAGCGUUACUACUUCCUGCAAUUCCAACAGCUUGCUCAAUUCAUUCGCCCGGAGUCGCGAAUCCCGUCGCAUCACACCCCAGAUGACGGAUCGGGUACGUAUCUGAGCCUCGAUCUGAUUCACAGAAUGUUCGAGUGCUGUGGGCGCAAGACAGGAUACGAAGACUGGAACUCUCCUCAUAUAUACCGACCAAAAAAUCACACCUAUAGGAAGGCCAUGGGGAUUCCUGUACUCUACGAACGCGCUCAUUACUUGAUGCCCACCCUGACCAACGACAGCGUCCCAUUUAGUUGCUGCAAUUCUGUUCACACCAAAGAUGCUCUGAAAUUUGUCCCUUGUGACCAUAUUCUCGUGAGCAAUCCCAGUGAUUUAUACAAUCGGGGUUGCGUAAAGCCGUUGAGUCGGUUUAUUCGCAUUCACUGGAUGGGGUUACAUCUACUUCCGUUGUUAAUUGUGAUACUUACAAUGAUUCCACAGCUGGUCCUCUAUUUGGCCACACUGCAGCCAAAGCAACUUCGGAUUCAGUUGAAAAGGGAAUGGCUAAAUCUGCUUGACUGGAUAACGGAAAGACGCAAAUGGCUGCAAAUUCUUGGACGUGACAUGCUCAGCAUGCUGUCUAGGUCAAGUACGAGCGUCCCGCUCGGAGACCGUGGACUUGAGUUAUUGGAUGACGACUUGCUAGAAGACGAUUACUACAAAAUUAUUCGAGCAGAUGUGGCUGCCUCGGAGCGCGAGAUCUAUGGUAAACGAAAGGGCAGAUCUAAAGACCGAAAACGGAAACGAGACAAAACGGAGUUCCUGAAAUACAGCAAUGUCAAACCAUCCAGUCACUUGGAGAGUAGGCAAAGUCAGAACACAUCCAGAAGCUCGUAUCGACGAUAGACGGAUUUAUCAUUUUCGAGCAUGCACCCAAUGCACUCUUUGUCUGGAAUUUAGAACCAGUGAUGUGUCUGAACGCUUUGGUUUUCUUACGGUCGGAAGCAAUCGACGGUGUGCAAUUCUCUAACGUGUGUGAUUUUAUUCACUGUAUGAAGUGAAAUUGGUGCGGC